UUCUGCGCAUGCUUCCUUCAGAUGGGUUAUAUCUACAUCCGAUACAAAGUUGAGGAAACUGAAACAAUGUUAUUCUUGCGAACAGGUCUGGUUCUACGAAAAUGACGUGAAUGAAAGAUCGAAGCAUUUUGUGAGUAAACGACCAAAAUGGCUUGGUUGACAGUUAGCUAUGUUCUCUGGCUUUUCGGCGGCUGGUUUGGGCUGCAUCAUUUAUACUUGAGAAGGGACAAACAGGCAUUUGUAUGGCUUUGUACAUUUGGAGGAUGUUUUGGUUUAGGAUGGUUAAGAGAUUUGUGGAGGAUACCAGAAUAUGUCGACGACUGUAAAGAAACAGAGAGCAACCGGUUAGAAUUUCACCAGAGAGUAAUGCGAAAUCCCAAACCCCCUUUCUCUAUAGUGAGAUACGGCGGAGAACUUAUCAUGGGCAAUUUAUUUGGUUAUUUAGUAUUAAUGACUAUGCCUGCAGAUUUUGUUAAAGAAGGUUUGGGUAAUAUAUUAUCAGUAUAUUUACCGCCACUAGCAGUAGCUCUAGGUGUUUAUUUAGUGGGAAAUAUAGGAAGAGAAAAGGUGACCUUCAAGUCCUGUGUUAUUGGUGCUUUUUGUGGAGUACCAUGGCUUAUUAAAGACAGUAAUAAUAUUGCAGUGGUACCACUUCUUUCUGCAUUUGCAGCCAGAUGGAAGGGAGUAUCAUGGCGAAUACAUAGAGAGAAACAACAGAGAUUAACAUGGCGGUUGUUUAAAUUUGGAGUUUUAGCAGGACUUUAUUAUUCUCUAUGGAUUAGUGCCAUUUAUUUUAAUGGUACAAUCACGACUAAAGAUGAAGAAACUGUCUUAAUAAGAGAUGCAGUAAAUAAUUUCUUUAAGUCUCCAGCUUGGGCAGAAACUAAAGAUUCACUUUGGAAAUUAUAUGAAUUUUAUAACAUUCAUGGGUGGCAUAAAUUGUGGGAAGAAUUGGUGGAAAUAUUUGAUCCUGUUGGAGAGAAAAAUGCAUACAAGGUUCUGGGGGUGACAUCUGAAAUGAGCCAAGAGGAGAUAACUUCUAAAUACCGCAAACUAGCCAAACAGUGGCACCCUGACAAACAUAAAGAUCCUGCCAAGAAAGCAGAGGCACAAGAAAAAUUUAUAGAGAUUCAAACUUCUUAUGAUGUCCUCUCCAAACUUAAGACAAGAAGAGCCCGAAAAAAUAAAAAAUCGGCUGAAAAUCCAAAUCAAACAGAAUUAUAAUGUUUACAUCCCAGUUUACAUCCCACUUCUACUCGUUGCCACUGGUAACCUUUGAUAAAACUGUCCGGUUUUAUCGCAAUACAUGCUUAAAAGUAUCCUUGUAUCAGUAAUGUACAGAAAGAGUAAAGUUCAUUUCUGAUACAAGGAUACUUUUAAACCGUUUUAGAUACCUAUCAAGCAAUCAAUACAUGCUUAAAAGUAUCCUUGUAUCAGUAAUGUACAGAAAGAGUAAAGUUCAUUUCUGAUACAAGGAUACUUUUAAACCGUUUUAGAUACCUAUCAAGCAAUCAGUAGCGGACGUUUAGACGUUUAGUCCGAUCCAGAUCGCAAAUGAAGAUGAUGGCUCUAACCAAUGUACAUGAAACAACUAGUCAAAAUCAUAGUAACAAAACAAAAUGGGGGGAACUACAUGGCAGUUCAAAAACAUAUACAAUGACAUUAAAUUAACAUAACAACAUAUUACAAAAAUCAAUUAUUAUACAUAUCAAUUGGCAUCUAUUUUAUAAUUUGGUUUGAUUUAUAUUAAUAUGCAAAAUAUAUAUAUUAGAAUAUUGAAUAAUUAUUUUAAUUAAUUGUGAUGAUAGAAGGCGCAGUUCUCUUGCUGGACACUUCACUGGCAUUGAUAAUAAGCAGGAUGAAAAAAACGCCUAGAAAGUCAUAAACUUUAUUACAAAUAAAUUUCAACGGAAGAACCAUCCGCCGAUGCAUACUUUCACCAGGAAUGACCCACGUUUCGCAUUUCCUUUACACUACAUUUAAUAAUAUCGCAGUCCUCUACGCCAUAGAUAAGAUGUUUUGACGGUGUGGUCUUAACAAACACGUGAUUGUUUUACGCUCAGAGUAUCAUACUACUCAGGUCGUCUCUCCACAGCGAAAUCAUUCUACCAUGAAAUGUAACGUGAGGCUCAGAAAGGGAUAAAUAAUGAAAGAGCAGAAAGUAUUUGUCACUUUUCGGUUGAAACGACUCGAUGAUAAAUACUAUUUUUCACAUGUUGGUUCACAAUACUCGAUAGAAAUGUGAUGUAAGUAACUUAUUAGCACCUUUCCUCGGUGUAUCGGUGAAGGGUGCUAAUAACUACUACAUACAUCUGAUAUUGUCUUAUAAUGAGACAGCUAAUUAACCAUACAGGUAGAACAAUGUAAUAUGCAUGGGGCAAUUUAAUGUCAAUUAUAGAUAUAGAUCACUAAUAUGGCAACUUCCUGUGUGUUUAAUUCCUUGUUAAAGAUAUUGCCUUCUAUCAUAAUUGGGUGUGUGUUCGUUCGACCCUCCUUUAUAUCUGACAAAACAUUAUCAUAUGUGUAAUAGUCAUUGUCAUUGUCUCUUUUAGAAUUCUGUAAUGAAACAUCAAUGGGGAAGUAGUCUCCCCUUGCAAUGAUUUUAAAUUAGGAAAAGUAUAUAUAUAUAUAUAUAUAUAUAUUAUAUACAUAUUAUAUUUUAUAUAUAAUUAUAUAUCAAAUUGUUUUGUACGAAUUAUUCAAAUCUCUGUGUAAAAGCCUUAUAAAACAUCUCAUUGUUAUCUAAAUAUAGCAACAUCUAAUUUUUAUUCUUAAUUAAAUAUUCAAAAAGUGAUAUUUAUGAAUGAUAUAAUAUAUAAUACUGCCUACUAUACUGUUUAUAGUCUGUAUUGAUCUUUAGAAAAAUUUACCUUUCUGUCAGUUUAAUUUUGGAAAAUCAAAUCACAAACACUACGAAAUUUCUUUGUAACAAAAAUUUCAAAAUAUCAUCAAAGAAUGAAAAAAUUGUUAUAUUAUAUACUUUAAAAACUUUUCUGAUAAAGUUUUGGUUAAUAAAAUAAGUUACAAAUUGUCCAGUGAGAGCCUGUGUUUAUAAUGGAAAAUUAUGUAUUAUCUUGCCAAUAUUAAGGCUCCUGAUUAGCUCUUGUUAUCUGUUUUGAUAUUAUCGUUUUCAAAGAAGUAAUUGUUCUUAAUUCUGUGUGUUAAGAAUUGAUUUAUUGAAUACUCUUAGCAAUUAUAUUUUUUAUUUAAUAUCGGAUGCAUAGGAAAUUUAGUUAUACAUUCCCUCUGACCUAUUAUUCGAAUUCAGUGGUGUAAUGCAUUCAAUUUUAAUUGAAGUAGCUAUCAAAAUCAAAAGGAUGGUAUUACAAAUAAUCUUAUCAACAAUAUAUCAGUCCAAAAUUGACCAGUAUCCUAACGGUUAUAUGUCACUUUGAUGUUUACAUUAUUUUGUAUUGAUUUAACACCGUCAUCUGUAUUCCUCUCAUUUCUCAUAUUUGUAUCUUGAUUUGUUAACCUGCCUUUUUCAAUUUAAACUUCGAAAUAACUACGGUAUCUAAAUAUCACAUUUCAAUCUGUAUCUUUGUUAUAUUAAAUUACUGAAUUUGUUAUACGCCUUAUGACCUGUUUUAAUGAUAAUUGUUAAUGAUAUUUUCAUGAAUUGAUUUUUGUCAAUUAAGAAAUUUAAAUAUCUGUUUAAAAAUCAGGACAUUAUUGUUUUUGAAAAGUAUCAUCAGCUUUAUGGAGCAUAUUAUUAUUAUUGGAAAUUUUAUUAGAACUCAUAUUUAUUAUUUUAUUUUAUUAUAUUUAGGAAGUUUGUUGUUAUAAUAGUCAUAGACAUUAUGUGUGCUUUAUAUCUGUCUCAUAUUAAUGUACCAUGAGAUAUUUCUAACCUGUUUUGCCCUAAACAAAAUGUCAGAUGCCAGUUGUCAGAUAAUGACAUCCUUUUUAUGUUAUCAAUGAUAAUUAAUAAUAGCUGAUUAUUUUAUUGUUUUGAGGAUGUUGUGUAUAACAAUUAGAAAAAGCAAGUCUACUUGAUGAGACACUGAAGAUUAGUAUAUGUUAUUAGUGUAAUAUAUAGAAAUAAUAAAGAGAGAGGUGUGUGUUUGUUUGGGGGGGGGGGGGUGCUAUGAAUUAGAUUGUAUAUUGUUUAGUUUGAUCCAUAUGAGAAUUGUCACAGUACAUGUAUAUGUGAAAUACAUGUAGAGGGUCAUUAUGUUUUACAAUACUGCUGAUUUAUGGGGUAUCUAUGCCAUACAUUAUUUUGUUUGAAAGGCAUAUUGAAAUUAAUUAAUAUUUUUUAAAUUGAUAAGGAAUAUUUUAAAUUACUUUAAUAUCAGUCGUAAAUGUAAUAACUUUUAUGCUGUUCAAGUGAAAUACAAGUGUAUAUGAAAUGUCACCCAGAAGUAAAUGUAGCAUGUUCUAUAGGCCAUAAUUUCCCAGGACCUGUGCUAAAUUGCUGGCAAGCGUUUACUGCCAAUUCAGUGAGUCUGUACAUGCUCUAUCAGUAUAAUACUAUAUACAGCCUUCAACCUUAAGGAACUACUGGUUUAGCAAUUUCUAAAAUAUCAACGGUAGACAAUCUCCAUUUUUGAAUUCCAUCGGAUUUAAAUGAGGCCCAUCAAAAGAGUCUGCCAAUCAUGUAUAGCCUGUUUAUAUCAUCUGCAGAAAACAGCAAUUGUUGCAAACUUUUCAAUUAUGGUAGUCAUAAAUAUUGAAUGGUUUUCAAUCAUUUUUGGACUUAUAAUCCAUUUAGAGAUUCAACUUCCAUAAUAGCGUAGUUCACAAGGAAUUUAUAAUAUCUCAAAUGGUGACCAUAUUUAGGGCCCUUUUACAACAAAUUCUACAAGCUAAUUCCAGCUCUGAUGUUCUGCAUUUUUUUUUUAUAUAUAUAUUAUAUAUAUAUUGUAAAUUAAGACUUUUAGUCAAGUCAGAUCUAAUUAUGACAUUUCACUUGUUAUAUAAGGCUGUCUAGAUCUAUAUAGAGAGGGUUUGAAAUCACAAUGUGUGUGAUAGUAAAUGUAGUUUCUUGUCAAUAUCGAGGUCAUUGAUGUUUUGUAAUAGAUAUUAAUCUUUGUGUUUUGAUAAUCUAUGCAAUUAUAUUCCAUCCAUACCAUCCACGGGGUAAAAUAUAGAUGAUAUGAUAUAUAGAAUUAAUUAUGAAAUAUCCAUUUCAUUCCUACAAAUGGAAACCACUAUUUUAAUUUCAAAAAUUUCAUACUUUAGGAACUUUUGAAAAUGAAAGAAAAUUUGAUAUUGUAUUUUAAACAUAUCAAAAUAUGUGUGUGUGUGUAAUAUUGCAUAUUGUUUAUUUAUGUGAAUAUUUAGGCCCCUCUGUUUAAUCUGUUUUGUUUUAGAAAUAUACUUUUUUCUUCUAUGCAAUUAUAUUCCAUCCAUAGGGUAAAAUAUAGAAUCCAACGAAAAUUCACUAUAACAUAUUUUUUUCAAACCUAAAAACAGCAACCACUAUUUUUUCAAAAAGUAUUAUGCUUUAGUAACUUUUAAAAAUAAAUAAAAAUUUAUAUAUUGAUAUUGUUUUUUAUCCAAACGACUUGACAGCUGUCCUUGUCAGGAACUCUGUCCUGCAUCACUGACAUGGGGAAACCAUGUCGGAAAAUCACAAAUUUUUAUUGUACUGACCCCAAACUCCAAAUAUAUUAAAUAAUUGUGACGUUUUUGUUAAAAUUACCCAUAAAUAAGUUAUAUCAUAGAACUAGAAUACAUGUAGUAUAAUGUCUUGCAUAUCAAAAACCCAUUCAAAAUACAUGCCAUGAUCCAACAACAGGAGAGAGAAAUGGGGUUGAAUGUCCAAACAACUCAAACAAG